AUUGGUAGUUAUACAAGCGUUAUAAUCGUCAUUUUUUUAUUCAUGGUAGUUUUGAAAAUUUCUCCGCUCCGCUCAUGUUAAACGCAGACCCAAAAACUAAUUUUCACAAUCCCUACUCGUCUGCAUCGUCAUGCCUUCUUUUUCUUUCUUCUAACUUCUGUGUCUCUAGCUACCUACAGUUCAAGGACUUUUGGCGUCCCUUCUAUUUUGAAAUCUCGUUUGAAUCCUGCGAAUCUUGCUCUAUGCUUCCGUGAAUUUCGGAGAACCGGAGCCAUCUCGGAGGUUUGGUUUUGUUUUCUCCUUAAUCCUUGUUUUCGAGUUUUGAAUUAUAUGAUAAGUGGCGUUUCAAAUGAGCAACGGGGAGAGGACUCGUGACGCCACCUCCCCCGAUCCGUUGGAUUCGUUCCCUCCCUUGCGGGUUCGGCAAUCGGACCGUGGCGAUGCUUCUCUUCCAUCAUCAAGUUAUUCAUCGUGCGGAGAGUCCGAGUUCGACCGCUAUUGUAGCGCGAACUCAGUCAUGGGCACACCGAGUGUGUGUAGCGCGAUCACAGUUUUCAACGAUUUUCCAGAAUACGAUUUCGGGUCCGCAAAAAGUGUCGGGAUUGGGGGUGAUAAUGGGUUGGAGAAUUUCAGUUUAGCUGAACGAGUUGAGAUGAAUCACAGGGAUCGGAGACUUUCGACUUCUAGUGUGUCGGACGGUACGAGAGAUUUCAGAACUGGGUUUGGCAGUGAGAAUAUCAGAAGCCAGCAGAAAUUGAAAUACCGCUUAAGUGGAUUGGAAUUUUACGGUGUUGAUAAUGAUGAACUUACUAUGACUAUGCUUGAUGCAUCGAGUUCAAUGGAGAUUAACCAACUAGAAAGCAAUUCGAAGGGAGGUAAUGGCUUGGAGAAUUUCAAUUCACGCAAGGGAGUUGAGAUGAAUCGUAAAGUUGAGAGGCUUUCGACUCCAAGUGUGUCGGAUGGUAAGAGAAAUUUCAGAACUGGGUUUGGCUGUGAGAGUAUCAGAAGCCAACAGAAUUCAAACUACGGCUCCAGUGGAUUGGAAUUCUACGGUGACGAUAAUGACGAACUGACUAUGACUAUGCUAGAUGCAUCAAAUUUCAUGGGGGUUAACGAAUCAGAUAAGAAUUUGGACCUGAAUUUUGUUCAGCAUCAUGCUGUAGAAGUUUCCGAAGGGUCUAAAGGACGUAAUGAAUUUGAAAGUGCCGAGGUUUACUUGUCUAGUGAUGCAGAGGAUAAUGCAGGAUAUACUCAGACGAAUACAUCAAGUAAUGUGGAUGACAAGGGUUCUCAUUGUGAAACAACAGUUGGAGAAGGAGGUUUAUCAGGUCCAGCUGAUAAAAAGUGUGAAUUGGACAGUUUUGAUGCUCAAUCUAAGUUGCAAAAUGAUGAGGGGGUGAUAGAAAGGGAACAAGACAGGAACUCUUCCAAUUGUGAGCAUUCAGAGGGUGAGGACUCAAUAUGCAACUAUGGUGGUGAUGAUGACAACAAAAAUGAUUAUUGUUCAUCAAGAAGUAUUUAUCAUCUUCAGGAGUCAGAAGUACAACAUGAGAAUCCCCUCCUUAUAAACUCUUCUGUAGCUUUUGGUUCAAAAGACCUGGAUGAUUUUCUGCUAGAAAAUGAGGGAAAUGGUCAAGUUGCCCAGGUGUUUAACGUAUUUCAGAGUCAAAAAGAGAAGAAUCCUGAAAUUGACAAAGAUGUAAUAAAGUUUGGUUCUGUGAGAUCAACAGGCAUUUCAAUUGCAGGCCAAAAUGAAGAAGGGAAAGAUAAGAAUGGUUUGGUCAUGUCUACUGAAAAAGUUACAGAGAUAAAAGAUCUUGGUGAACCCAAAGAAGUGAAAGCGGCCAGAGACUUUCCUGCAGCCUGUUGUCCAGUUCAGGGAGUUGAUAAGGUUACUAACACAGCAGAAGGUUCUUCCAGUGCCUCAAGCAAGCCUCCAGGUACAGUCAUAUCGCAUCCAGAAGAUGUGAGAGAGAUUAUUGUUGCGAAAAAUAAUUUUCCUGAAACUGGUUUAAGCACUAAGGCCGAUGAUGUUGAUUUGGACCCACUGGCAGACAAGGCUCCUCAGCAUAGGGAUUUGAAUGUUGCCAGUGGUGGAACAAUUGUAAAGGAGAAUGAGCACAUGAACACUGAAAAAUCUAUUGGCAUUAGUGUUGUUCAACACGUAGAAAACCCAGAGCCGGAUAAAUCUAAGUUCAAGUUUGACAAUUUUUCUGAAAGUGAAGCUGAACAUAGACUUUCCAGUUCAACCAAACAACCUGGGAAUAUGAAAGAAGAUUCCUCAAAGAAUCUAGAGCAAAGUGGAAUUUCUUCGAAUUAUGGAAUGAAGGAAUCAAUAGAGAGCUUCUUCACCUCAACAAAUCUGCCGGAGAAAAGUCCACAGACAUCUCAGAUAGAGAAUUUUGAGCCAAAUGAAUUUUAUGAUGAGGUUGUCCAUGAAAUGGAAGAAAUUUUACUAGAUUCUGUUGAUUCUCCUGGGGUUAGGCUUUCUCAGGGUAAUAGAUAUCAUGAGCCACAGUUUUCCAUGCCUUUAAGAGAUGGCGGGUUGACAGCAUCUACUUCUGGUACUGAUGAUGCUUAUCUUCUAGUUCAGCGCCCUGGGCGAAUAGAUAGGAUUGAAGUGGUAGGUGCCAGGCAGAAGAGAGGAGAUGUUUCUUUAAGUGAAAGAUUGUUGGGGGUGAAGGAAUAUACUGUCUAUAAAAUAAAAGUGUGGAGCAGCAAAGGUCAGUGGGAGGUUGAAAGACGAUACCGUGAUUUCCUCACUCUUCACCGUCAGAUAAAAACCUUAUUUUCUGAUCACGGAUGGGAUUUACCUUUGCCGUGGUCUUCAGUUGAGAAAGAAUCCAAGAAGAUAUUUGGAAGUGCAUCUCCCGAUGUUAUUGUGCAGAGAAGUGUUCUCAUUCAAGAGUGCUUACAAUCCAUUCUCCACACCAGGUUUUAUUCAAGUCCUCCAAGUGCAUUAAUUUGGUUUUUGUCCCCUCAAGGUUCAUGUCCCAGUCCGCCUGCAUCGAGUCCACUGGUGGCUCAGUCUUCUAUAAUGGGAGGGACAAAUAAUGGAAACCUUUCCUCGUUAGGGAAGACCAUAUCACUUAUAGUUGAAAUUCCACCGAACAAAUCUAUGAAACAGAUGCUAGAAGCACAACAUAACACAUGUGCUGGAUGUCAUAAGCAUUUUGAUGAUGGAAAAACUUUGAUUCGGGGAUUUGUUGAGACCUUUGGAUGGGGAAAGCCCCGAAUCUGUGAGUACAGUGGUCAAUUAUUCUGCUCUUCUUGCCAUACAAAUGACACUGCUGUCUUGCCAGCCAGAGUUUUACAUCAGUGGGAUUUUACUCAGUAUCCAGUUUCUCAGCUGGCAAAAUCUUAUCUGGAUUCUAUACAUGAUCAGCCCAUGCUUUGUGUCACUGCAGUUAAUCCGUUCCUUUUGUCAAAGGUCCCAGCCUUGCUUCAUGUUAUGAACGUCAGGAAAAAAAUAAGGACUCUUCUUCCAUUUGUCCGAUGCCCAUUUCGGAGGUCUAUCUACAGAGGACUUGGGACUCGGAGAUAUCUUGUUGAAAGCAAUGACUUUUUUGCUCUGAGAGAUCUUAUUGAUCUGUCCAAAGGAGCCUUUGCUGCCCUGCCAGUUAUGGUUGAAACCUUGUCAUCUAAAAUCCUGGAACACAUCACUGAUCAAUGCCUCGUAUGCUGUGAUGUUGGUGUUCCAUGCAGUGCCCGACAAGACUGUGGCGAUCCGUCUUCUCUCAUUUUCCCUUUCCAGCAGGAAGAUGAGAUUGAAAGGUGUAAAGCUUGUCAGUCAGUAUUCCAUAAGCAAUGCUUCAGAAAGCUCUCCAAUUGUACCUGUGGGGCGCUCCUCAGAUUGGAUAAAACAAGAGGAAGUUCAUACUUUUUAGGGAGGGGCCUUUCUUAUGGGUCGUCAUCCGGAUUCCUAUCUGGCUUGUUUACCAAGGAAGAUCCUCACAAGACCAGGGAUCAUAAAGACAUUAUCUUGAUGGGUUCCUUACCUAGCACUUCUCUAUGAACCCCAGUACGUUGAUGGGUUCUGUCUAUAUCUCAUCUUGAUCUGCUCAGCCAUUCACCGUUUGUUGCAUGUAAAGAUGUUUUGUGCAGUGAUCAGAAUUUUUCCGCACAGUCAUUAUUUCUUAUUUUGCUAGUGUUAUUCUUUGCAACAUAAAAAUUUAUGUACAGUUUUGUGGAUCUCAGCAUCCAGUUUUGUCCUUACUCGCCUGUUUUGUAAUUUUGUUUAAAUUCCUUGCUGAAUAAAAUUCUAGCUUUUAUCAGAUUCUCA